AUGCCACCCAAAGGACAGGGCCGCUCGAUGCCAUGCCCAUUGGGCCCUAUCAAGAAACCUCGCACAGCAAGGCCUCCAGAAGGUUUGGCUAAACUCAUAGCCCAGGUAGAAGCAAGUAAUUCUCAAUUUCUUCAAAACCGUACCGGACAAAUCGAACGUGCUCUGGCUUCAGGACCUCCUUGUCAGAUUCCAGCUGAACCACUGAAUCACAAAAUCGAGUUCGAACUGCCUGGACACAUCGCAAGCUCGGAUGAAGACGAUGCUAAUGAUCAGCAUUCAAACAUCCUCGUUUCCAAUGCUGAUCCCUUACCUCCUAACGUAGAUGUUACAUUUCGAGACUACAUACGCGGCGAGUAUUACAAGAAUACGCAAUUAACAGAGGUCAAGAAUUGGGCGAAAGUCUUAAAUCCAAUGUUCAUUGCAUUUAUGUCAUGUGCUCGAAAGGCCUCUCAGUGGGGCGACCCUCGCUUAUGGGGUGUUGAUCACAAUAGUCCGUGUUCGUGUGGUGUUGGAGAUACACAAACUCGAGCUGUGGAUAUGGUGGACAUCCUUGAACGAAAGCAAGACCAGUUGUUUUUUUGCAAAUGUACACCGGAUCAGGUGCGUUUAAUCCGGAUGGGAUACAUUGGUGGUUCACCAAUCUACCCUCAGACAGCGUAUUCGAUUCGGCUCCUUCGUCUCCACCAUGCACUGUGGAAGUACUGCACAGUGCGUGUCCAAGGCUACUGGUACAGACAACCCUCAACGAUGGUGUCAAACCUUUUCCUUGGCCAUUGA